CUGAUGCGAUCUUACUAUCUCUUCGCAGCAUUUAAACGUAGGAAAAGUUAGUCAACUUAAAAUGUAACUGCUACAUUGUUUAUAAAGGCGCAUUUUUCAAAGAUCAAACUAUGAGCUCUUCGAGUAGUCCAGCGAUUGGGAUUCUGAUCGGCGGACAAGCGAAAUCAAGAAUAAGAGAAAGUAAACAGAGGACCGUUUUCCCACCGGUAUAGUUAGCAUGCUAGCCAACUAGGUCGACUGCCUGAAUUCAGCUGACCACCUACCAAUAGCCUUGUGAUGAUUUAUUUACCGGAGUUUGAUUUCCGCGUAUGUUAACUUAACAACGGCCCUAAAUAGAUAUAAAUAGCCAAAGAUAGACGAUACAUUUGAAAACUGGCGGCGAAAGGUAGUUUAUUGUUAGCUUGCCGGCUAAUUAGGGGUGCAGAUGUGUUCCUGUGAGAAAGUGGAUUUUAACAUCACCCCACGCACCGUCACCCGGCUGGUGUAUGAGGCCGAACAAGAUAAAAAUAACGGUGGACAGUCGUCCAAUGGGAGUACAGCCAGUAAUUCUCCACGCAGCACUCCUGGCAGCUCACCCUCCCUACGCCGGCGUAUGCUGGGAGGCAGAGCCAGCGAAGGGGAGACGGGCGGGGACAGAGCCAGCGGGGGUACGGAUAGCCCCCUGCCUCCCACCCCCUCCUCAUCCACCUCAUCCUACCCACUCGCAGCACGCCACUUCACUCGCAAUGCCAAGAAAAUGCAGAGCUGGUAUAAUGUCCUCAGCCCCACAUAUAAACAGAGGAACGAAGACUUCCGCAAACUCUUUAAAAAGCUGCCUGAUACAGAGCGUCUCAUAGUGGACUACUCGUGUGCACUGCAGAAGGAUAUAUUACUGCAAGGACGUCUUUACCUGUCUGAGAACUGGCUCUGCUUCUACAGUAAUAUCUUUCGAUGGGAGACUACGAUAACCAUACUGCUGAAAGAUGUGACGAGUCUUACCAAGGAGAAGACGGCCAAGCUCAUCCCAAAUGCCAUCCAGAUUAGCACUGAACACGAGAAGCACUUUUUCACAUCAUUUGGAGCUAGGGAUCGCAGCUACAUGAUGAUCUUCAGAUUGUGGCAGAAUGCCUUGAUGGAUAAGACUUUGUCUCCCAAGGAGCUGUGGCACAUAGUUCAUCAGUGUUACGGCACUGAACUUGGCCUGACCAGUGAAGACGACGACUACGUCUCCCCAACUGCUGAACAUAUGAACGGCCUGCUGCCUGCUGAGGAGUCUGUCUCCGUCACUGACCUGCUGGAUCUGGGUUCAGUGCCGGGGGUUCCCGUGGGCUCCUCUCCCCCCUCUUCUGCCUCCGUACUUCCCUGCACUUCAGGAUCUUCGCCCCCAUCCUCCUCUUCCUUGUCCUGUCAGCCCGUGGAGGUGCCGUCUGCUCGAGUCAGCGCCGAACCUGAGCCCAGCCCACCCAGCUCUCUGAGCUCAUUGCCCCCCAUCACGCACUCCUCACAGUCUGGAGCUUCGCCUUCCUCAACCAUGUUGGAGGAAGGCGGGGACAGCCAGUCAGAGUCAGCCAAUCAGACGCCUCAGUCCCCUCCCAUUAUUCCGCACACCCUGGGAAACCUCUCCUCAUUGGAUAUGACCAACGAUGAGGAGCUCCCCACUGACCUCAGCAAUUCCUCUGACACCCAGGAGGAAAGUGAGGUGGAAUCCUUCUGUGCCGACCUCAACGGUCGAUUGCAUUUCAACACAGUUGUUCAUAUGAGCGUGGACAAGCUCCACGACCUUCUCUUCUCGGACACUAACUUCAUACAGCAUCUCUUCUCCCAGCGUCACUUCACCGAUCUCUCUGUGCACGAGUGGCAGCAGGACAGCAGCACUGGGAGCAACAGCAGAGUUCUGAGUUACACCAUCGCCAUCAACAAUCCACUGGGCCCCAAAACUGCUCCUGUGGUGGAAACACAGACUCUCCACAAGAACAGCACACGGGGGGAGUGUUACGUGGUGGAUUCGGAGGUCAUAACCUCAGGCAUCCCCUACCAGGAUUAUUUCUACACUGUACACAGAUACUGCCUCACCUCCGUCAACAAGCACAAGAGCCGGCUCAGGGUCUCGUCCGAUAUAUGCUACAGGAAGCAGCCGUGGAGUCUUGUGAAAGCUCUGAUUGAGAAGAACACUUGGAGCGGCAUUGAAGAGUAUUACAGACACAUGGAGAUGGAAGUGUGUAAGUUGGAGACGCUGUUACAGACGGAGGUUACCGUAGUAAGUGCGGGAGAAGCGGCUUCUGCGGGCUCCGCCAAGACGGCUCCCGGCCUGCGCAGACGCAAACGCAACUGCCCACGCCGAGCAGGAGAUCGAGAGAGGGAGGGAACUGGAGCAGGUGGUGGGGAACGGGGCGAUAGGGGGAACGGAGAUGAACGAGAGAGGAGAGAAGUGGGCGCUCAGUAUGCCAAACUAGGAGAGAGGUGGCGUGGAGCCGGCGUCAACAACAACAACAGUAUCUCCACCAUACUUCUCAUCGUGAGCUUUAUUCUUGUGGUUCUUGUGGCAUUGAACAUGAUGCUGUUUUACAAACUCUGGGCACUUGAACGGGCCGCACACACGCUGGAGACGUGGCACUCGUACUCUUUAACUGACAGUCCUCUGCCCCAGUCCGCAGGAGAGUGGGCUCAGGUCCUGCAGCUCCAGAGGCAGUUUCAUCAGGCUCAGAUGAACAAAUGGCAGCAGAUCUUACAGUCUUCUGUCACACUUCUGGAUCAGAUGAAACGGUCUUUGGAGAAGCUUCACAGAGGAAUGAUCCCCCCAGAGGUGCAACAGGAGUCUGAUUCUGCACCAGAGACGGUCUCGGAUCAGUGAAGACACCAUCACUCCCUGCCCAGCCACCAACCGCUUAUAGACUCUGACCUGUGAGUAUGCCGUCCAGGAUGAGACAAAUCAUGGAAAGGGAGAUGGUGGUUUCAUCUCUCUGAGCUCUUUCAGUAUCAGUGAUGUUAAUGUUGUGAGAACCUCUGUGGGUGUCCCACCUGUCCAGAGCAGAAGCUGCUGGACCUUCUACUGCUGUACAGCAAACACUCAACUAUUUUAUCCAUAGCAUAAACUCAACGGGUUUGAAGCAAUAACACACACGUAUGGAAUCGACUAUAAUCCAUAGAGAACAUGUGACUUCCAGCUGCACUGCAUCAUGAGCCGUUUUGGUCCAAAUUGUUUGUCUGAGAAACACGCUUUCCAAAAAGAGGAAUAUUUCAUGAAGAAAUCCAGACAGAAAUCUCAGGCGUGACAUCCACCUCCGGUCUACUCCUCCACAAGAUCAGUUUCUCCACCUGUCCAACCGGACACGUCAUUUUAGAGGAUUUUUUUACAUUUUCCUGGAAGAGACACUCCUUUGUAUUCGAUACCUCUACUGUUUUAUUGUUAGUGCUGAUUCAGAGCUGUUACUGAAACUUGUACGAAGCGAGAAAGUAUGUUUGACCUUUACAGUAUUUAUUUGAUAGACUUGAAUCGCAGUCUUAUGUCCACAGGCCAUUGUGCGUUUCUGCUCGUGUGUGUGAACACGGACCAAUGUACAAGGGAUGAAAUGGGGUGUACGAAUACAAAUUCCUAUUUUAGCAAUAAUCAUGUUGAGAAAAUUGUAAUGACAAUUAUAAUCUAGGGAAAUAUGCAGAAAACAUGGAACUGUUACAGAGCGUCAGUUAGACGGGUUGUUUUUAACUAUUUAACUAUUGUUUCUCCCUCAUUUUUACAGUUUUUUGAUGUUUUUGUUUGUAAGUCCCUCUGUGUUUAUUACUUGGGGUUGAGCGGAGCUGUUUCACGUGAUUGUGGUGUCAGGACACUCAUUGAGUUGCUGUUAUCAGACUUGAACUUUUCAGCGUUACUGUAAGCUCGACCGGCUAAAAGUACACACCGAUUCUUCGGUCUUCUUGAAGCUGGAUGUUUAGGACCAACUAAAACUCAAGACCAGAAGAAACCAGAGCAGAUCUGCAGGCAGUAUUGCAAUGUUUAAACACUGUAGACGGGGGAGUCUCGCAAAAAACAUGUCCACAUCAUAUUCCACCUCAAAAUCAAUAGAAAAAGGUUUUAUUUUUUUGCACACAGACAAUAUUUUAUUAUUUAUUGUAUUGUGACAUUUUCAGGAGAUUAAGCCCCAGUUUUACAACAUAUUUUAUUAUAUUAUCAUCAUAUUUUAUUUUGGGUUUGUUUGUAAAACUCCUCCUCAGUGAUAAUUCUGACAUCUAGUGUAAACGCAAUGAGUGUUAUUUAUUUAAUAAAACAAAUGACAGUACAUCAACUACUGCCAUUUUGUAUAUGUUAAUACAUAUACAUAUUUAAAUAAAUCAUAAUUUUUCUGAACAUUUUCAUAUUUCAACACUGAGAAUUUGAGCGAAAUUCGGGCUUAAUUGUUGUGAGAAUAUCACAAAGCAAAAUACUCCCUAGCUUCAUUUCUAUUAGCAUGAAAUUACAUGCUGCGGUAAAAUAUAACCUUGACAUGACUUUGUGAGAUUCACCUGGAGGCUUUGGGUUUAUUUUUUUCUAGUUUGAUUUGGAAAGUCUGUUACUGUUAUCCCGUCUGCACAUUUCUUUUUUUUUUGUCUCUGUAUUUGUCGUCUCACUUUCCUCCCUCCUCAGGGUCUGGGGUGCUGCUGUGCAAAGCCCUUGCUGAGUGAUGUAAGCGUGUGCUAUUUAUUUGGGACAGAGAGGGACAGGAUGAAGGUGGGAUUUAUAGACAUGAUAGUAAAGAUGGCAGUCAAAAAUGUAUAAUUAAAAAAAUCGACAAUUUUUUUUACAAAUGUUGUGCUGUGUAUUACUGAAUGUUAGCUUUCUUUUUAUACUGGAGUAUUUCUGGAUAUUCAUUCACCCUCAUGUUGUUUAAAAUGUGUAUAUGACUUUCCCCCCUGUGGAACACAAAAGAAGAUAGUUUGAUAAAUGUCUAUGGUUUUGUGUCCAUACAAUGGAAAUCAAUGGGGGGAAAUGUUGUUUGGUUACCAAAAUUUUUCAAAAUAUCUUCUUUUGUGUUCUGCAGAAGAAAGAAAGCCAUGCAGGUUAGAAAUGACAAGGAGUAAUUCAUUAUGCAGCUAUUUUUGGUUAACUGUCCCUUUAAUGAUGUAUUGCUAGACGCAUUUAAUGAACAAAACAUCAGACUUGUCUGAUUUUACCUUUCAAACACAUACACAUUAGAAAUCUAAACACCACACAUAAGUUGUAUGUAUUUUAUUUUAUUUUGUACUAUCUUGUCCAUAAUUUGGCAUACAACAUUUUCACUUAAACAUGAAAUGCAUCCUUCUACAAAAUGCCACAGAGCUGCUGACAUUAGACAGUGAUUUUCUGUGACACCUAUGUGUUAGUAGAAUACCACCUAUGUUUAAGUUAUCCAAACACCAAAAGCAGUUGUGCUGUUAACAAACUGUUAGGUAAUGAUCACAACUGGCAGCCUUUAUGACCGUGUUAAUAAACGUGUAUUUGAAGUCAUGCAGUAGAAAUCGACCAAUGUAACAAACACUAAAUGAAAGAUAUAAAAGUAAGAAAACCAGAGCUGGGAAGUCUCAAGAAGUUAUCCAUGCAUAAAGGAAGUGAGACCUUGGCAGUGUUGUGCUGCCCUCUGUAGUCACUACCAGAAAUUGGCUACUAAGAGGGGAAGGAAAAACUGGAAGGUUUUUACCGCACUUGUGAAUGAAUGCAACCCAUUCCUGCUUUUCUUCUCAUUCCUUUUUCUUUAGAAAACAUCAUGCUUGAAGAGCUAGAGGCUUGGGCAUUGGUCACACAGGAGGCACACAUUGGACUCUGAACUUCCAAGUCAUUUAAAAUGAUUUCAUGCAGCCCUUGUUUAUUUUGUCAGUCAAGCCAAGAAAACUUGUUUGGUCAACAUUAUGACUUAUCUUAAUACCACAUUUACAAAGAGAACUUCAGUAGAUCUUGCCGAAAAACAUCUAUUGGUUUCCAUUACAAAUACCAUUAUGAACCAUAGCUGUUAAAACCAUCAGCUGUGCCAUUAAAACCAUUAGAAAAAAUCUUUAGUUUGUAUUGUGUUGGGCCUUUUCCCUGUAGGAUUUAAUGGUGUCUACUGGUUCCCGUCCACCAGGUAACAUCCCACUAAUAGCACCCAACAAAUUACCAUCAGAGAUCAUUAUAGUUCCUAUUAAACCCAAUACAAUUCUCAUUAUAACCAUUAAAUUCAUUACAAUUUCACUGAUGAUUUCUAUAGUUUUUUCCCCAGCAGGGGAAGCAGAGCUUGGCUAAGUUAUCAUAGACAACAAUGCACUUUUUCCACUAAUGGUUAAACGUGACAUUCAUUUGCUUUACACUUGUAAAGAAUGACACUGACAAUGCGAGUUUUGCACAGGUGAGGACAGAGAGCGCCACCUGUAGGCUACGUGGAUGAGAUUUGAUAACACAGCCUUUACUCUUGAUUAUGCUUGCAGCUUGGUCCAGAAAUAUUUUUAAAGUCCCUGUGAAUGGGAAGUUGCGAUCGUUUUUACUUCCGUAUUUUGACGCAUUUCCGAGUGAAAUGGAAUUUUGAAUGAGAAAAAUAAUGGCCGUGGUUUUCGUCUAACAUACGUCAUCUAAGAUGGAUAGUCACUACAGGACGGAAGUGCAUUUUCAGACUUUAUCUAAAGAUUACGAGGGCACACGAUUUUUUCAAAAGAGAAUGACCCACGUUCAUAAACUAUUUACAAUUAACGCUGCAAUAUUUCAUGAAAAAUAGCCAUUGUAAUUUUUUUUCAAUGGGACUUUUUCGUGUUUCCCUCAAAAUGAUUAAUUUCUGAAUAAUAUACAUUAUUUUUCUGCGUAUGUAUAUACGUUUUAUACAUAACAA